AUGGUGCAAUCUCAGCCUGAGCCGAUCGCUAUAGUAGGUAGCGGUUGUCGCUUCCCGGGAAGCUCGAGUUCCCCUUCCGCACUAUGGAAGCUUCUGCAGAAGCCUAGGGAUGUCUCGAAAGAGCCCCCCAAUGAGAGAUUUGAGCUGAAGGGGUACUAUCUCCCUAAAGGCACGCAUCACGGAACAACAAAUGUACAGCGUGCGUACAUGCUUGACGAGGACGUUGGUGCAUUUGACGCCACUUUCUUUAACAUCAGUCCCAAUGAAGCUGAAUCUAUCGAUCCUCAACAACGCUUGCUUAUGGGGGUUGUUUAUGAGGCUCUUGAAUCAGGAGGCCAUCGUAUCGAUACGCUCCGUGGAUCAGACACCGCUGUCUACGUGGGCACUAUGUCCGUCGACUAUAGCGACAUUAUACUUCGAGAUAUCAACAGCAUGCCCACUUACUUCUCCACCGGAACUUCGCGUGCCAUUCUAGCAAACCCAUGGUUGCGCUGCACCAAAGUGUUCAAUCACUUCGGUCAGGAAGAGUCUCGAGUAGCUAUCGCCGGUGGAACAGAAUUACUCUUGGGACCAGAGCAAUUUGUGGGCGAGAGCAAGAUGAACUUGCUGUCUCCAACUGGGCAAUCGCGUAUGUGGGAUGCCAGUGCAAACGGCUAUGCCCGAGCUGACGGCAUUGCGGCCGUCGUCCUCAAGAGAUUGAGUGAUGCUAUUGCGGAUGGCGACCAUAUUGAAUGUCUUAUCCGUCAGACUGGGAUCAAUCAGGACGGCAAAUCAACGGGACUCACCGUUCCCAGUUCCGAAGCCCAGGCAGAUCUCAUUAAAUCAACAUAUACAAAGGCUGGGUUAGAUAUAAAAGACCCGAGGGAUUGGCCGCAAUUCUUCGAAGCCCAUGGGACUGGUACUAAAGCUGGUGACCCUCGAGAAGCCUCGGCAAUCAAUCAAUGCCUUGGACGCCAGCCGAUACACGGAAAUCCCUUAUACGUUGGGUCAGUGAAAACUAUUAUUGGUCAUACUGAAGGUACAGCUGGGUUGGCUGGGGUCCUGAAAGCCUCCCAAGCCAUACAGAACGGUUUUAUUCCUCUAAAUAUGCUGUUGAACCAAAUGAAUGAAGAGGUCGCACAGCAUUGCAGCAAUCUUUGCGUUCCAAAUUCUCUUAUUCCAUGGCCUAAACUACCAGACGGUGUGCCUCGACGAGCAAGUAUCAAUAGUUUCGGGUUUGGCGGCACCAAUGGUCAUGCGAUUGUGGAACAAUACAAACCAUUCACAAAAAUUGCGAAUAACCUUGAUCGGAAGUCUAUUUUCAAGACAUUUCCAUUCUCAGCAUCAAGUGAAUGGUCUUUAAACGCCAAUUUAGAUGCCUAUGCUAGCUACUUGAAGGCUGGCGAGCAUAUCAACCUAGAUGACUUAGCAUGGACGCUUCAGUCACGCCGUUCCAUAUUGCCAUUUACGAAAACAUUUUCAGCGAACAGUAUCCAGGAUUUGGUCUCUAAAAUUGAAGAUUCACUUGCACAAGCGAAGGCGAACCCUGGCUCGCCCAUUGGCACUCGGUCGGGUUCUGCAGGCCCUAAAAUAAUUGGCGUUUUCACCGGGCAAGGGGCGCAGUGGGCAGAAAUGGCUGCUCAUUUGAUCUUAACAUCAGAAACCGUGCGGCAAACGAUUCGGGAUCUCGAUGCCUCUCUCGCGACGCUGCCCGAGGCCGACCGACCGGCGUGGCGGAUUGGGGAUCAACUGUGCGCUGACGCUUCAUCCUCACGCCUCAACGAGGCUGCUCUUUCGCAGCCCUUGUGUACAGCUAUUCAGGUAGUACUGGUGGACCUUCUACGCAGCGCAGGUAUCACAUUCCAGGCUGUAGUGGGUCAUUCAUCAGGUGAAAUUGCAGCCGCGUAUGCUGCAGACUUUAUCUCGGCCCAUGAUGCUAUUAGGAUCGCAUAUUACAGGGGCCUGAGACGCGUCAAGAUUGCUGCUCAAAACUCAGCUGCUAGUCUUACACUUUCCGGUGAUACUGAUGCUAUUUCACACGCAAAGCGAGUCUUCGAAGAAGAGAAAAAGUUCACGAGGCUUCUGGUUGUGGAUACUGCAUAUCACUCCCAUCAUAUGCUACAGUGUAACGAACGUUAUAUUCGAUCUCUACAAACAUGUGGUAUUCAGAUCAAUUAUAGUCGCACCACAUCCUGCACCUGGUACUCAAGCGUUAAGCAUGGCGAGCGAAUGGAACCAAACAAUUCACUUGGUGAUACGUACUGGAACGAUAAUAUGGUCAACACAGUCCUUUUCGCUGAUGCCGUCAAAGGCGCGGCCAAUGCAAACAAGUUGAACCUUGCACUCGAAGUUGGACAUCAUCCGGCACUCAGAGGCCCUGCCGUACAAACUCUUUCAGAUCUGCAAAUAUCCCUUCCAUAUAGUGGAGCUCUUAAGCGCAAAGCUAAUGAUCUAGAAGCAUUCCAGGAUGCAUUGGGAUUCAUAUGGACGCAUCUCGGACCCAGUGCGGUUGACUUUCAGACCUGCGAGAAACUGAUGUACCCUGGUUCUGAAGCCCCCUCACUGGUUAUCAAUCUUCCAAUCUACCAAUGGGAUCAUAGCAGGGCGUAUUGGUACCAGUCGCGUUUAUCAAAAAAGAUCGAAACGCGCGGUCAUGCAUUCCACGAGUUGCUAGGCGUUCCGUCGCCUAAUAACACCGACCGUGAUUUACGAUGGACCAACUUCCUCAAAUCCAAUGAAAUACCAUGGCUAGAUGGGCAUCAACUACAGGGUCAGACAGUUUUCCCAGCCGCCGGAUAUGUAGCGAUGGCAUUUGAGGCGGCGCUCAAGCUUGCUCAAGGGAACAAUGUAAAGGUUUUGCAGAUCGAAAAUCUUACAAUCGACAAAGCAGUCACUUUUGAUGAUGGGCCGAGUUUUGCAGUGGAGACACUGGUGACCCUUACCGGUAUAAUGGGGGAACAAUUUCCUGGAAAGAAACACACUGCGGAUUUCUCUGUUUACUCCUGCCCGAAUACCGGCACAGUGGAGAUGGACUUAGUGUCUCAAGGACAUGUUACUGUUGUUUAUGGAGAACCAUCAUUUUCUAAUCUAUCAUCCAAGCCACUCAGUGAGAAUAAUAUGACAGAUAUCGAUGCUGAGGAGUUCUAUGCCUCCUUGUACCAGCUUGGCUACGGCUACAACGGUCCCUUCAAGACGUUGAAAUCAACCAAGAGAAGACUGAACCAGGCUUUUGGCAAAGUAUCUAGUUACGGAUAUGAUGAGGAUGAUGAAACUUUUAUAGUCCAUCCAACAAUGCUUGAUGUGGCAUUUCAAGCCUCUUUCCUUGCCUGUAUGAGUCCAGGAGAUCAGCAGCUAUGGUCGCUUCAUAUGCCGACCUCGAUCCAAUCCAUUCGCGUGAAUCCGGAGCUCUGUGCCUCGCUCCCAAGCUCUUCAACGGACCUCGCGGUUUAUGCGGUCUUGCACGAAUCCGACUCCCUCUCUAUGGUAAGCAGUGUGGAUGUCUUUGCAGACGACGGUCAGGAGACUCUGAUCCAGGUGGAGGGACUAUCAAUGAAGCCUUUCUCUCCAGCAACGGCAGACGAUGACCGCCCCAUGUUCUCAACAACAGUCUAUGGUCCCAUGGAACCCGAUGUGACCAUGAUCCUUGAUGCGGAUCGUUCGUUGAGUAGAGAAAAGGAAAUCGCCGCGGUUGCUCAAUCAUUGGGUAGCACUGUUAAAAAGAUUAUCCAUCGGUAUCCACAUGCCAAGAUCCUUGAAAUAGGCUCUGCAGAGAGGUAUGCGGCGGAUAAAAUCCUAGAAAUGGUUGAAGGGAAGCUGUCGUCAUAUACUUACACUGAAGUUUCAAUUGAGUCCACUGAGAAGGCAGCCGAUUCUGUCAAGGCGUCAAAACAAAAACUUGUCUUCAAGCAGUUUGAUCCUCUCAUCAAACCAUCCUCGCAAGGGUUCGAUGAGAACUCAUAUGAUGUGGUUGUUGCCUCCAAUGCCUUCCUAGAUAGCUCUGCUUUGCAAGCUACCUUUGAAAACAUCCGCCUACUUCUGAAACACGGGGGCUACUUAUUAGCUUCUGGGAUCCCUACGAAGAAGAAGGAUGACUUCAAACAAAGUUCAGGACGAAGCGCUCGGUGGCUUAAUUCUCUUCGCGCAGCGGGUUUCUCUGGGAUUGACAGUAUGGCACCCGAAACCGACGCUGAUGGCUUCCACUCUUUUGUUAACAUGAGCCAGGCUUCUGAUAAUCGAAUCAAUUUCUUACGAAAGCCACUCUCUGCUCCGUUACCCGCUCCUCUGGAUGAAUUGGUGAUCGUCGGAAACCACUCUCUAAAAUCAGCCCGCUUUGCAGAAGACAUCAAUGACAUGCUCGUGAGAUUCUUCAGAAAAAUCACUGUGCUCGAGAGCCUUCCAACCGAUGAUGAUGAGAUCUCGUCCGUCUCAACUUUCAUAAAUCUUGCCGACAUCGAUGAUCCUAUCUUCCGUGACGUCUCCCCAGAGAAGGUUGAAGGCCUAAAGUGUCUAUUCGAGCUUGCAGGCAGCAUUUUAUGGGUAACCGAAGGCGCCAGGGCAGAUGAGCCAUAUCACAAUUCAAGUAUUGGAUUUGGUCGUUCAAUCGCCUAUGAGAUGCCGCACUUGUCUAUGCAGUUUCUUGACCUGGACAGUACCGAUAAUGCGGCUCCUCGAAUCAUCUGUGAGGCUGUUCUCAGACUCGCAGUAUUAUGGUCAAGCGAGCCUGAGAUAUAUGUGGAGAAAGGAGACUUGACGAUCCCACGCCUUCUCCCGCAGGCUGACCAAAACGCUCGCAUCAAUUCUCUACGCCGAGCGGUAACGAAGAAAGUGGACCCAACCUCCUGUUCCGUUCUUGUAUCACAAGGGGUUGAAGAAUCCUCAAUUCUAUUAGAACAGUCUAUUCUACCUGUCUCUCGAGCCGACGAAAGUAUCGUCCGUGCAAUGUAUUCUAUUCUGGCUGCCAUCCGCGUUACCCCAGAAAUCUCACUGUUCCUUGGGGCUGGUGUGGAAGAAGACAGUGGAGCUUUGAUGAUUACACUGUCAGAAGAGAACUCGUCGAUCUUCAGACCACUCGUUCGUGUGGCUGCAGAAUGGCAGAAGGAAUGUUUAUCCACCUUACUUUCGGCUGUCGCCAGACGCCUCAUCGCCCGUGCCCUCCUUUCUGCUAUUCCUGGCAACAGUCACUUGCUCAUCCAUGGUUUAGAUGAAAAUGAACCAUUUGGAUGUGUAUUGACACAACACGCUGCCGUCUCAAAAGUCGAUAUCAAAUUCACGAAUGCGGACGCGACAGAGAAGCCAGGAUGGACUCGGAUUGCUCCCUGGGCGUCUCGCCAUGUGGCUAGAAAGGCCAUUUCACCUCACACUACACACUUCCUUGACCUUUCUAGUGAUGUAGAGAAUCAAGAAGCAUGCUCCGUAAUCCACGGUUCUCUGCCACCCAAUUGCAGGACAUUGACCGCUUCUGCUUUGUUCAAACACGAGGGGCUUUUGCUGGGUGGAGAUAGGGAGAACUUGUUGAGAAUCUUGGAGAAUGCCGUUCAAGAUGCAAAGGAAUAUGCAUCAAGCGAGAUCCCAGGCCCUAGCAUUCGUCUCACCGAACUGAGUGAUGAGCUCAUGGUUAAAUCUCCAGUUAGCGUCAUCGACUGGACGUUGGAUAAAACUAUCUCCGUUCUGGUCAGACCUAUCAAUGCCGCUCAACUCUUCUUUGGGGAUAAGACCUACGUCUUGGUAGGUCUAUCUGGAGAGCUUGGUCGUUCCAUUUCUCAAUGGAUGUCUCUCAAUGGAGCUGGCUCCAUUUGUCUGAUCAGUCGAAAUCCCAAACUGGACCCAGAGUGGCAAGCUGAGAUGGAAGGACAUGGUACUACUGUGAGGUUCAUUUCCAUGGAUGUAACAAGGAAAGAAGAUGUUGAAAGGGUUUUCAGUGAUCUUAGAGCCAACUACCCACCGAUUGCCGGAGUCGCAAAUGGUGCAGCAUUAUUCCAUGAUGCUCCGUUCUCUGAAAUGACACACGAAAUUCUAGACAAGGUGAUGAAGCCCAAAGUGCUUGGUACCAAGAAUCUUGAUGAAGUUCUCGGUGAUACCGACCUGGAUUUCUUUAUCGUUUUCUCAUCCCUCACAUCCGUUCUCGGCAAUAGUGGGCAGUGCAAUUAUACGGCUGCAAAUGCUUAUAUGACUGGCCUUGUCGGCCAAAGACAGAAACGUGGUCUUGCAGCAACUUCUCUCGAUAUUGGUUCCAUCAUCGGCCUUGGGAUUAUGGACCGUGCUGGAGAGUCGGCUAGAGAGCAGUUGAUUCGGUAUGGCUUCAUGGCUAUAUCUCAGGCGGACUUACAUCAGCUUCUCGCAGAAGCUAUCCACGCUGGUCGUCCCAAAUCCGGCCGAAAUCCUGUUGUUACUACGGGCUGCCGUACCGUCCAAGAAGAGGAGGAGCCCCCAGUAAUGUGGAUUGAGGAUCCCCGCUUGCAGCACAAGGUGAUUUGGGGAUCGAACUCCGCUAAUACUGAUCCCAACAACAAGAGAAGCCCUCUUCCAGUCCAUGAUCAGCUAGCUGAAGCAGCAAGCUUAGCAGACGGGCUCGAAAUCUUGAAAGAAUCCUUCUCCGCCAAGGUAGCAAUGAUUUCCAGACUUGCUGGUGGGCAAGUGGGCCAUGACAUUCCGCUUGUUGAGCUUGGAAUUGACUCUUUGGUCGCCGUGGAGAUUCGCGGUCCUUCAGUCACUGACCUAUGUCAGCUGGCCCUCGAAAAGCUACCGGAAGGUAUUCUCCCCAUUUUCGAAGGUACAGGCUCGGGCAAGCCAAAGUCCGAAGAAAUCAAAACCAAGACUCCCGUUUCGGAGCCCAAAUCAUCGGCCCCGGUCCCUGUUGCCCAAUUUGAAUCAUCUCGCAAUUGGAGUACAAAUACUUCUGCCUCUCCAGAGUCAACAUCACCAAGCGAUGGAUCACCGACUAGUACCCCAGCAACAGCCCUGUCCAAAGUCACGUCUUCAAUUGAUCUAGCUACCCUUGCCGACUCAGAGAAGCCCGUAGCUAGAUCCCCUGACUUUGUGAAGAAAGAGCUAGUAUCGUUCCCUCAGUCUCGAUUCUGGUUUCUCGGGCUUUUGAUAGACGACCAAACAACAUUCAACGUCACGUUCUAUUUCCGCAUAACUGGAAAUUUGCGUGUUGGAGAUCUUGAGCGAGCCGUUCGUCUGGUUACCAAUAGACACGAGUCAUUACGUACAUGCUUCGUGCCUCACGAGAAAGAGGCCGAUCUAGCGUAUCAGAAGGUGUUGCCUACGUCGCUCAUAAGACUUGAGCAGAAGAAGAUCAACAGAGUUGAGGACGUUGAAAUUGAAUAUGCUGCUAUGAAACAAGUCCCAUUUGAUCUCUCUAGUGGCAAUCUGAUGAGGCUGAUCUUACUGACCCUUUCCCCAUCGGAGCAUUACCUUCUUUUCAACUACCACCAUAUUCUUAUGGAUGGUGUCAGUUUGCAAAACUUCCUCGCUGAUCUUGAAAAGGCUUAUCAGAGGCAACCUCUCAGUCCACCCCCAUGCCAGGUUCCAGAAAUCUCACGCUCACAACGAGCUGCGUUUGAGAGCGGUGCAUUUGACGAAGAUAUUGCAUACUGGAAAAAGGAGUUUCCAAACGGGCAUCCAGUUCUGCCUCUUCUCCCUAUGUCAAUUGCAACAUCAAGGAUGCCGCUCGAUUCCUUUAACGUGCAUCAAGUUGACUGCAGAAUAGGUUCAGAGCUAAUAAACAAGAUUCGAGAAGCUGCUAGAGUCAAUCACGCGACAACCUUCCAUUUCUAUCUUGCUACGUUCAAGGCUAUGCUCUUCCGCUUUACCGAUGCAGAAGACAUAACAAUUGGUAUUGCAGAUGCCAACAGAAUCAGCGCGGACGUUGCGGGAACCAUUGGAUUACUCCUUAAUCUCCUUACGCUACAAUUCAAACGCGAUGACAAUCAAUCGUUUUCUAUGGGAGUCCAGGAAUCGCGAGGAAAGUCAUUGGAAGCCUUGACACACUCCAAUGUCCCCUUCGAUAUUUUGCUCAAGGAGCUCAAUGUACCACGGUCAUCGUCCUAUAGCCCCUUAUUCCAGUGCUUCUUUGACUAUCGUCAAGGCCACCAGGAGAAAUGGUCAUUUGGCAGCACUCGAUUCGAAUUCUUGGAACUUCAUCCUGGCCGUACCGCAUACGAUAUGACUCUGGAUAUAACUGAUAGCACUGACGCCAAAGCUGGAUACGGUCCCCAUUUUGAAUCCUCAUGGUCUGGUGGCACACUUCCUCACCGUAUUGACCAGAUAGCCAAAGAGAAUGCAGAUAGGGUGGCUUUGAAAGAUGGACAUGGAAGAGUUUUCACAUAUGGCACGAUGACUGAUCGGAUUGAGGCUAUCGCUGCGUCCUUGCAAGAGAAUGGUGUGGGUCAGGACUCAAGAGUCCUUGUAUUUGAAGAUGCUACCGCCGAUUGGCCCUGCUCUAUGUUGGCCAUAAUGCGUAUCGGUGCUGUAUACGUUCCUUUGGAUCUCCGCAACCCGCUCUCUCGCCUUGCAGAUGUGGCAGGUAGCUGCAAGCCAGCAGCGAUUCUUGUCGACUCCACCACUCUCGAAGAUGUACCACAUAUUAAUGUAACAUCUGCGAAAGUAAUCAACGUAUCAGACAUUGGUUCCAAGUCGAUUAAUGUGCCUAAUGCAUCCCGUGCGGACGCUGUUGCUGCACUGCUUUACAUAAGUGGGUCGACCGGCAAGCCCAAGGGUAUUGUUGUGACACACGCGGGUCUUUGCAACGAGAUUGAAGGAUACACAUGGCGAUGGGGUUUAAGCGCAGAGCGAGUCCUCCAGCAAAGUGCUUUCACCUUCAAUCAUUCUUCAGACCAGAUGUACACAGGUCUGGUUCACGGGGGUUCCGUCUAUAUUGUUCCAUGGGACAAACGCGGAGAUCCAAUUGAGGUCACCAAGAUUAUUCAUGAGGAAGGAAUAACGUAUACCAAGGCCACCCCUGCUGAGUACUCGCUUUGGCUCGAUUAUGGUAAUGAGAAUCUCAAACAGGCUUCUGACUGGCGAUUUACCUUUGGGGGUGGUGAGUCUCUGACAGAAACACUCACAAAGAGUCUUGCAAAGCUGGAUCUACCUGAUCUACGAUUCUUCAACUCCUAUGGUCCUACGGAAAUUUCUAUCUCGUCCACGAAGAUGGAGGUCAUGUAUCGCGAACCGCAACCUGUGGGCCGUAUUCCAUGUGGCUUCAUGCUUCCUAACUAUUCAGCCUAUAUUCUUGAUGAUCAUCGCAAGCCAGUCCCCCUCGGUAUGCCAGGAGAAUUGUAUAUUGGCGGUGCAGGCGUGUCCCUCGGCUAUCUAGACAACCAGAAGCUGACAGACAAACACUUCAUGCCAAACCCAUAUGCCUCACCAGAGUAUAUCGCAAAAGGCUGGACCCGUAUGUACCGAACAGGUGACAUCGCUCAUCUUCAAGAAGAUGGGGCAAUGGUGUUCCAUAAUCGUAUUGCAGGUGACACGCAGGUAAAGAUUCGCGGCCUACGAAUUGAGCUAGGCGACAUCGAAAGCAAUAUUAUCAAAUCAUCCGGCGGCGCUCUGAAAGAAUCUGCCGUUACAUUGCGCGGUGAUGAUCCCCCAGUCACGGUCGCACAUGUAGUGUUUGCGCCUAAUCAUCAAGUUGUCGACGCCGAAGCAUUCUUGGCCCAGCUUUUGAAGAACCUCGAUGUAGCCGUGCCACGUACACUAAUCCGGCUACCCCGAAUUAGUGUCCCCCACCGUAAAGGAAAAUAUCACCGACUUUAG